AAAUAAAAGCUGUGUCAACAAAGAGCAUGUUCGUUCAAUCCCCGGAAUAUGCUUCUUCCUUCCUAACCCCUUUCUCUGUGGCCACAGAAAUCUCCCCCAAGAAUUCCUCCUUCAGAAUGUUCAAGUCACAAUUUUUAUAACCCUAAAACUUCAAUUAUUUCUCCCUCUCUCGUUGGUUUUCUCCCCUUUGCAAGAAAGACUGUUAUGGACUGAUUUGUGAACUUCUUUCAUCCAAUCUGCUGCCCUGCAACAUAAUACCGCUCAUAAUGCAGAACCCAUCAACAGUAAGUCAGGACUCAAUCCCGGCUGCGUUUGAUCUCAUCGCCCAUCUGGGUCGCUUUGCUUUUAGUCGAAGGUUUCAGCUUCCGAAUUCAGAUGGUUGCUCCUCUUUUAAGCCGAAUUUCAUGUCUUUUGCCACGUUUAGGGGCUCCGUGAAUAGGCGUCAGACUGUUUCGUUUAGUUUGAAUGUUUGGAACAGUACUGCUUCAAGCAUUACGAGUGUAGUGGAUGAGUUCAAUAGAGUGAUUAAGUUUAACUGUGAUAGAAUCCCUAUUGGGUUUGCUUCGGUGCGGGUGGGCUCUGAGGAGAGCAAUGGAGUGCUGGAUGAUGGGUUUGGGGUUUUGGAGGAGGAGGGUUUGCCUAUGAAUGAGGUUGUAACCAAGAAACCCAGGAAAGUUUUGAUUUUGAUGAGUGAUACUGGUGGGGGUCACAGAGCGUCUGCGGAAGCUAUAAAGGCUGCUUUUAGUGAGGAAUUUGGGGAUGAGUACCAGGUAUUUGUUACGGAUUUAUGGACAGAUCACACGCCCUGGCCAUUUAACCAAUUGCCAAAGAGUUACAAUUUCUUGGUGAAACACGGAUCAUUAUGGAAAAUGACGUAUUAUGUAUCUGCUCCUCGGGUGGUUCAUCAAUCUAACUUUGCUGCAACCUCAACGUUUAUAGCUAGAGAGGUGGCUAAAGGAUUGAUGAAGUAUCAGCCAGACAUUAUUAUCAGUGUGCAUCCACUUAUGCAACAUGUUCCACUUCGUAUUUUGAGAGCAAAGGGUCUGCUGAAUAAGAUAGUUUUUACCACGGUGGUCACAGAUCUAUGCACUUGUCAUCCUACAUGGUUUCAUAAGCUUGUAACUAGAUGUUACUGCCCAACAACUGAAGUGGAGAAAAGGGCAUUGAAAGCUGGACUGAAACAUUCCCAAAUAAAAGUUUAUGGCCUUCCUGUGAGACCUUCCUUUGUGAAGCCCAUUCAACCAAAGGUUGAGUUGAGGAAAGAAUUGGGAAUGGAUGAGGAUCUUCCGGCUGUUUUGCUGAUGGGAGGAGGAGAAGGGAUGGGACCCAUUGAGGCUACAGCAAGGGCACUUGGAGAUGCAUUAUAUGAUGAGAAUCUUGGAGUGCCCAUUGGUCAGGUCCUUGUGAUAUGUGGCCGUAACAAAAAACUUGCAAAUAAAUUGCUUUCAAAUGAUUGGAAAAUUCCUAUCCAGGUCAAGGGAUUUGUUACAAAAAUGGAGGAAUGUAUGGGUGCUUGUGACUGCAUUAUCACUAAGGCUGGCCCAGGGACAAUUGCAGAAGCCAUGAUCCGAGGCCUUCCCAUAAUUCUCAAUGAUUAUAUUGCAGGGCAGGAGGCCGGCAAUGUGCCUUACGUGGUGGAAAAUGGAUGCGGGAAAUUUUCCAAGUCACCAAAAGAGAUAGCAAACAUCGUUGCUGAAUGGUUUGGCCCCAAAGCAGAUGAACUGAGGACCAUGUCUCAAAAUGCAGUAAAGCUAGCAAGGCCUGAUUCUGUAUUCAAGAUUGUUCAUGAUCUCCAUGAGCUCGUUAGACAGAGAAAUCUGGUACCCCAAUUUUCAUCUUCAACUUAGUUCUUGUGCUCCCUCCACGAAUCAAUUUUGUUACAAUUUGCUUCCCAGAAAAUGUAUAACUAAGCAUACUAUUAUUUUUUGGGAAAUUAUUGUUUUAAUAAAGUCUUAAUUGAGAU